AUAUCAGUUGCUCCGACUUCCAAGUUGUACGUGUACUCGUGUGAUAACGUCAGUGGAAGCUGCUCCGGGUAAAAUGAGGGAAAUCCAGGAGUUGGAGCAUUAAAAGCCAGUUUGAGGCUUUAGCAUCUUAUAGAAAGUAGGACCGCACAGCCUACCUUUCCAUCUACACUCCAUUCAACUCUUCCUACAAAACUGGGGGGCUCCGGGAAGCCCUGAGCUUGUGACCUCAUUGUGGGAGAAGAUUGGAUCAAGAUGGCCAUGUGGCAGGGAGCCAUGGAUAAUAGAGGCUUUCAGCAGGGGAGUUUUACUAGCUUCCAGAGCAGCUCCAGUGAUGAAGACUUGAUGGACAUACCAGAGACAGCUAUGGAUUUCUCCAUGAGAGAUGAUGUUCCUCCUCUAGACCGAGAAAUAGAAGGGGACAAGUCCUAUAAUGGUGGUGGAAUAGCUUCUUCAAAUAGGAUCAUGGACUUCUUGGAGGAGCCGAUUCCUGGUGUAGGGACCUAUGAUGAUUUCAACACAAUUGAUUGGGUGAGAGAGAAGUCUCGAGACCGGGAUAGGCACCGGGAGAUUACCAAUAAAAGCAAAGAGUCGACAUGGGCCUUAAUUAACAGUGUGAGUGAUGCUUUUUCCGGCUGGCUGUUGAUGCUCUUUAUUGGCCUUUUAUCAGGUUCCUUAGCUGGUCUGAUAGACAUCUCUGCGCACUGGAUGACAGACUUAAAAGAAGGUAUAUGCACAGAGGGAUUCUGGUUUAACCAUGAACACUGCUGCUGGAACUCUCAGCAGGUCACCUUUGAAGACAGAGACAAGUGCCCGGAGUGGAAUAGUUGGUCCCAGCUCAUCAUCAGCAUGGAUGAGGGAGCCUUUGCCUACAUAGUCAACUAUUUCAUGUAUGUCCUGUGGGCUCUUCUGUUUGCCUUCCUUGCCGUAUCUCUUGUCAAAGUGUUUGCACCUUAUGCCUGUGGCUCUGGAAUCCCUGAGAUAAAAACUAUCUUGAGUGGUUUCAUUAUUAGAGGCUAUUUGGGUAAGUGGACCCUGGUUAUCAAAACCAUCACCUUGGUGCUGGCAGUGUCAUCUGGCUUGAGCCUGGGCAAAGAGGGUCCCCUAGUACACGUGGCUUGCUGCUGUGGGAACAUCCUGUGCCACUGCUUCAACAAAUACAGGAAGAAUGAGGCCAAGCGCAGAGAGGUCUUGUCGGCUGCAGCAGCUGCUGGUGUAUCUGUAGCCUUUGGAGCACCUAUCGGUGGAGUAUUAUUUAGCCUGGAAGAGGUCAGCUACUAUUUUCCCCUCAAAACCUUGUGGCGUUCAUUCUUUGCUGCCCUAGUGGCAGCAUUUACUCUGCGUUCCAUCAAUCCAUUUGGGAACAGUCGCCUUGUUCUAUUUUAUGUGGAGUUUCACACUCCAUGGCAUCUCUUUGAGCUUGUGCCAUUCAUUCUGUUGGGCAUAUUUGGUGGUCUGUGGGGAGCUCUGUUUAUCCGCACAAAUAUCGCGUGGUGUCGGAAGCGGAAGACCACCCAGUUGGGCAAGUAUCCUGUCAUAGAGGUACUCAUCGUGACAGCCAUCACUGCCAUCCUGGCUUUCCCGAAUGAAUACACCCGAAUGAGCACAAGUGAGCUCAUUUCUGAGCUGUUCAAUGACUGUGGCCUUUUGGACUCUUCCAAGCUUUGUGAUUAUGAAAACCGUUUCAACACAAGCAAGGGUGGCGACCUGCCUGACAGACCUGCGGGCGCAGGAGUCUACAGUGCCAUGUGGCAGCUGGCUUUGACCCUCAUAUUGAAAAUUGUCAUUACGAUAUUCACUUUUGGCAUGAAGAUCCCUUCUGGCCUCUUUAUCCCUAGCAUGGCUGUUGGUGCUAUAGCAGGUCGACUUUUAGGCGUAGGAAUGGAACAGCUGGCCUAUUACCACCAUGACUGGGCCAUCUUCAAUAGCUGGUGUAGUCAGGGAGCUGAUUGUAUCACUCCUGGACUUUAUGCCAUGGUUGGCGCUGCAGCCUGCUUAGGUGGAGUGACUCGGAUGACUGUUUCUCUUGUUGUCAUAAUGUUUGAGCUGACUGGUGGCUUGGAAUAUAUUGUUCCUCUGAUGGCUGCAGCCAUGACAAGCAAGUGGGUGGCAGAUGCUCUUGGGCGGGAAGGCAUUUAUGAUGCCCAUAUCCGUCUCAAUGGAUACCCCUUUCUUGAAGCCAAAGAAGAGUUUGCACAUAAGACCCUGGCGAUGGAUGUGAUGAAACCCCGGAGAAAUGAUCCUUUGCUGACUGUCCUUACUCAGGACAGCAUGACGGUGGAAGAUGUAGAGACCAUAAUCAGUGAAACUACUUACAGUGGUUUCCCAGUGGUAGUGUCCCGGGAAUCUCAAAGGCUUGUAGGCUUUGUCCUUCGAAGAGAUCUCAUUAUUUCAAUUGAAAAUGCUCGAAAGAAACAAGAUGGAGUUGUGAGCACGUCCAUCAUUUACUUCACUGAGCAUUCUCCUCCAGUGCCACCAUACACUGCACCCACCCUGAAGCUUCGGAACAUCCUCGAUCUUAGCCCUUUCACUGUAACUGACCUGACACCCAUGGAGAUCGUAGUGGAUAUCUUCCGCAAGCUGGGACUACGGCAAUGCUUGGUUACACACAAUGGGCGAUUGCUUGGAAUCAUUACCAAAAAGGAUGUGUUAAAGCAUAUAGCACAGAUGGCAAACCAAGAUCCAGAUUCCAUUCUCUUCAACUAGAAUUGGGGUUCUUCUGGAUAUAAAAUGGGAAGGACAUUGCAGACCGUGGAUAUAUUUUAUUAACUGGGUACCCAAAACACAUUUCCCAUAUUUGGAUGGUGAAGUCAUAUUAGUGUGUUAUCUCUUUCCUACAAGUUAACCGGUUGCACUGCAUAAUCUGGAAAUCAAUCUCCUCUUUAGGAGAAAAUACAGUUAGGCUUCAGAUAUAUUGCAUUAGGAAGAUCUCAUGAAAGAGUAUAAAUAAGAUUGCUGUGGUUUAUAUUUUUUUAGUAAUUUUUUUAAUUUAAAAAACGAUUGUUAGCCAGUAUGCAAUCACUGAAAACUAUGCAAGAAGAAUUUCAACCGUCCUGAAUCAUAGCCUGCAGGAAACUCAUGAAAUAAGUCACUUUUGGGGGAUCUGUCAUUGGUGGAAGAUGAAGUGUAACCUAAAGGGGCUUUGCUUUUCAAACCAUAGAAAAGAAAGCCAGAAGGAAAAUAGCAAUGGUAUUUUUUAGACUGUGAAGAUUCAAUUCAAAUAUUAUCCUUAUUCCUGUUACAAUAUUUAGCAUUAUUCAUUUGUUAUAUGUUUAUGUGUAUGUUAGUUUUAAUUUCUGAUUAUAAGACAAUGCUGCUUUGGUUAAUCUCCUUGAGAUGAAUUUAGAGAGGUUGACUUUUAUAGCUUGCUUGUUCCUGGUCCUCUUUUGAAGUAUACAAAAAUAAGUUAUAGAGCUUUGUUCUUGUCUUCAAGUGCUCCAGAUGGAAUUUGUUAGCUAGUAGACAAGGACUUCACCAUGAAUUUAUUAGUAGCAAGGGAUGAUUUCUUUCAGCUUCCUUGAACUUAAUUACAAGUAAAGUUCUAAGCAAAAUCAAUGACUAGACAUUUCACAUUUUUGUGAGGUCCUAACUAAUCCUCUUACUCAGAUGCCACCUCCAUGAAUGAUGGUGCUUUAGGCUUCUGGAAUAUGUAAGGAUAGUAAAGGGAACCAAGUCUAGACCGCACACUGGUAAAUCAGGGAAGAUUCAGAGCUGCUGAUGCACCCUCAUGCAUUCCUUUGUACGACCAGGACUAAAACAACAGCAUCAAGUACAUAUAGCAGGCCGGUGGUGUUCCUGUGAGCAUGAAUUAGGCUUGGGAUACUUUCAGAUCUCUUCAAGGUGUUGGAUCAGAAUAGGCAACUGUGACUUGAAUGCAGAGCCAUUCAAGACCUGGGGAUAUGGAUAAGGCCUGGUGACACCAAAGGUGCUUGUCUCCCCUUGAAAAGGUGCCUGUCUCAAUUUUCUGCCACACUUACUACAGUUUAAAAAAAAAUAAAAUCACACAAUAUAGACACCUGGUGGAAUUAAAGAGCCACCACAUCAUUCCAACCACUGUUUCAUCUUCUGUACUUUUACUUAUGUACAGUUUACUCUUCCUCCACUCUGUUCUCCUUCCUUCUUCAUUUUGUGCUUCAGUACUGAAUCUUCUCUUGGAUUGAGCAUUAUGCCUGGUUAAUAAUUUCUAGUAACAGAAAAUAACUUAUGAGAGCCUAGUUAAAUUGUAAAGCAAGGCUCAGCAAUCUCAUGGCACAUGGACUAGAGGUGACACAUGACCCCUUUCUUUGCCGUGUGGGUCAGUUGCUGUUUCCAUGCCUCUGAGGCUGCCCCAGAUGCCUAUGGCAAGGAAACUCCAUUGUCAGGGAUGAGAAUCCAACUCUGCUUAUUGUAAAAAUCUGUCCUAACACUUGCUCCAUCCCAGAGUCAGCAUUCACUUGGCACAUUCUCCCAUACUCCCCAAACACCACAGUGUACCUCAUUUAAAAGAUGUUGCUUCCCAAAUUUAGCACUUUUUACCCCUAGGUCUUAUCGUACCAAAAUCUGAAAUUCUUUUAUUUCCCAGAGCUGAGUAGCCAAUUUAAAAAAAAUUAUCUUUUAAAUAUCAAGGAGGUCACUGCAGUUUCUCCUUUUAAGUGUAUCCCUUUAGCAUUCUAUUGAAAAAGAAGAAAAUGCCCCAGGGUACAUGGCGUCAUAGUCAUGGUUCACUAGCUUUCUGUCUUUUGUUCCUUCCAUGCCACUGAUUCUUUCCUAUGAGAUAAGACUGUCUGACUGACCAACCUAUAUGUUAUGUAGAGAUUAAAGUUCUUAUUUGUACAUUUCUGGUUCAACAUCUAUCAUAUUAACCAUCCUUCCUCACUAAAGUUUGCAAACCAAGAAAUGUUCCUAUUACUGAUACUUGAAAGCAAGGGAAGGUUUGGUCAGAUUUCAUAGUGCAGCAGUGACAUUAAGGGUGUCUUAUUUACCUUUGUUUUUAGCCUCUGUUCUUGAUUUUAGACAGAUGAGCCAGCGUUGAGGUGCUACUUCAGAGAAUUAAUGAACAAAAUCAGAUAAUACUGUGCCAAGGUAUACUUUCUAGAUACUAAGCACCGGUUGGCCCUCCAGAGAAUGAUAACAUCCCUUUGAUACCUCAUUCCUCAUAAAUCUCAUUCAUUAACCUCAUCUUCUCAGGAAUUCUUGUAGCUUGUGCACUAGAAGUAGAUGUAGUGUAUGGUGUGUACUAUAUGUUCAAUCCUAUGGUUUGACUCACAGGUUGGCUAGCUCAGCACUUGACACUCAGAGUUUCUUGUCUUGAGGAAGAAAGACAAGUUUCUUGUCUUGAAGGAAGAUGUGUUUCCUGCUAUUACCAUUUCAGCAGUUAAACAUACUUAACCAAAAAGCAAGGCCAAAAUAGAGGGGUCUGUCAGCAGCCUCAACUGGCCACAUGCCAGUAGCAAAAGAAUAGAUAACUUGUGAUUUUUAAAAUGAAUGAAUGGAGACUAGUCUAUUUUGGAAUAGAAGAAUUACUUGAAUAGAAUAGAAAAAGAAAAAAUAUAGAAGAAAAUAGAAGAAUCAAAAAUUACUUGACACAAGGGAAGGGUUUACAAAAGAACACCAAUAGGUACUUCAACAGAGUUUGGAUUUUUCCAAGGAAAAAUAUCUGGUCAGCAUCCAACUGUGAAGUGAGUGAGAGUGUUAAGUCUAACUGCUACAUUUUGUAUCUUCAGAUCUUCAAUUUAAAGAAUUUAAGAAAGCUGAAACAGUGAAUUUAUAAUGAGAAAAAAGUGGAGGGAAGAAGCAGAGGACUGAAAUACAAAAUAAUGGCUCUGUUAAAGAUCAUUUCUAUUCUGAUGUUUGGCUGGAAAUGAAUUGCAACACUCUCUUCUUCCUCUGACUCCAGAUUCCUGGCUCAGCCCAGCUGUAGAGCAGAGAAUAUCUACAAAAUCGGUAUUUUCUGGUGGACUCCUUGAGAUUGAUAAUGCUUUGAAUUUCCCAGCUGGCAGAGUAAAUGAUUAAUUUGCCGAUUGAACUGCAAAACAAUUCUGUUUUGGAACCAAAGGCUGAAUCUAAGCCCUUGUAGGAAAAGUAGAGUCCUUUUUGUAAAAUAUACCCUCCAAAUAUGUGGACUGAACAUAAGUGUCCUAAAGUUUUACUUUGUUUAACCACUUCUGGGAUUUCCUGGAUUCCCUUCGGGGAGGGGGUUGAAAGUAAUGGCAGGAGAAAAGCCUGUGUAAGAAAAUACACGAAUAGUAUAAAAUGGUACAAGGAAAGGCAUUCCACAACCCUUGCCAUGUAUUCUGGCACUGAGAUGUAUAGAAACUGCUUGAUCAUGUGCCUUGUGAGAGAAAGUCAAGUAAUCCCCCAAGGCCAGUCUUUUGAAGCAAACCAGAGGCUCAAAGCCAUGUUCAGCUCAAAGGCAGCCUGGUUUUAUGGAGAGAGCUGACUCCAGAUAUUUGCACAGAAAGGAAUGUGCUAUCUAAAUGGUAAGCUUUCUUUACAUCUACAUUUUUAACUUCCCUGUGAUGUCCGUAUAUAUUGAAAAGAAAAAGGUACAAGUUGCUCAAGUCAGAACUUAAGAGCUGAGUAAAUUUGAAGCCCAGUCGGCACAAUGGACCUGGGCGAUUAUUGAAUUUUGUUCCGCUUCAGUUUCAGUUGUUUUCUCCAAGGAGAAAAGCUCUAAGGAAGAGUGGAUGUUAGCAAAUUUAAGUUACUCCCCCAGCAUUUGCUGGCCACAUUGUCAUUUCUACACAUCCGGAUCCUGGCAAGGUUUUGAAAAGAUUCAGGGGACAAAAGUGUUUUUUCCAUGGUGUAGUCUAUAUAGUCUGAUUUUGCCAAAUCACCCAAGAAAGAAAAAGAAAGAAAGAAGUAAGGAAGGAGAUGAUUUGCUGAGUUUGCAUGUCUUGGAUGAGACUUCUCAAGCCACCCAGCCCAGUCUUGUAGUCAUAAAUUCUUACCUCUAAAUUCCUACCAGGGGUCAUUGGCCUCAGUGCGCACUCUUUGAAUGAAUAUACCUUGCCUAAAGUUUGACUUUUACAGCAAAUGAUACAAAAAUAUGAGGGUUUUUGAAACACAAUCUCUGCCUCUCCCUUUUAAUCUCUUUAUCCUCCUUUCCAUCCAUGUUUUGAAUUCAAAUUUCUCUCCAAUUUUACAAAUGCAGUGUUUUGAAUGUGUACCUUGGGAAAGAGGGAGAGAAUGCUUCUGAGAACAGAAUGAAGGCUCCUCCUGAGUGAAUGCGGCAUUAACAUUUUACUCUAUGGUAGUAGUUAAA